AUGAAGAUGAAAAUCGGUGCCGUAGCUCUUGCACUUGUUGCAAUCGUCCUCGGAUACGAUCAUGGUCCAUCGUACUACUUCGAAGUCGAAACGCUUGCCAACCAUACACUAUACCAACCACUGGAAUCAGCUUUGGGCUCGAAACUCAAGCUACCCAUAGUCGUUUGGGGCAACGGCGGCUGUGCACCAGGUAUGUCUGAGAACAAGAUUCCGGGAUUUCCACUAAUGAACAUACAUAGUCGGUCUCCGAUACCGCGCGUUGCUCAUGAUCCCAACUCCCCUGCAUCCAAUCAAAACCCAGGUGCCCUCACGGCUGCCAUAGAUUGGGUAUAUGCCAACGCAGGGAAGGGGCAAUGGAAACACAUUGACGCUUCACGGAUCGGUGUCUGGGGCACUAGCUGCGGUGGACUUGAAUCGUACACUGCUGGUGUGGAUGACUCUCGAGUUGGCCAUAUCGGUAUCUUCAAUAGCGGCCAACUUAACGAAACGGCCAGUAAAGCUGUGGCAGGCGCUGUCCGGAAACCCAUCUUCUACCUCUUGGGUGGCCCAGACGAUGUGGCCUAUCCAAAUGGCGAGCGUGACUACACUAACCUGCCAUCUAAUACGCCAGCCUGGAAGGCGAACCAUGCCUUGGGUCACAGUGCUGCGUUCGAUGCUCCUAAUGGUGGAAUCCCAGCUAUUGUCGGAACUCACAUCAUGAAAUGGCUUCUCCGUGGGGAUGUGACUGCGCGCAAAUGGUUUACUAGCGAGGCCCCAAAGAAGAUUGGAAUCACCGAUAUCACGUACCAGAACCUGGAUCGUGUCAAGGUUACUCCAAACCAAAAGCACUAG